AUGGGACAGCAAACAAGCCGAGAACAUGCCCCUCUUACAUUCGGUUAUGUCAAUCGAACUAUCCCGAAUAUCUCAAAAGAAGAAGACCGGCAAGAACUCGACCAAGCACAACGAGAUUUUGUGCUAGACAAUCCUCAUUUAUAUCAAUUACAGACCAUUUGCGAUCAAUGCAGCAAAGAAAAUACUGUCAAUCGUACCGAGGAAAUGGUGGUUUCGCUUGUUAACGAAUCGUGUGCGAAAUGUAAAAGGCAGAAACGAUUAUCAUUGGUUCGAAAGGGUUUGGCAGAAGAUCUUGAAUACAUUGAUCAGACAUAUUAUCCAGAUGUGGUUCAUUACACAGAAGAAGAUGAUCAAAUGGAACAAGAGCUGAUUCAGCUGGAAAACAACCAGGAAGAUGACACAAACAAUUGGUCGAGACUAACGAUUGGUGAAGCAACCUCGCCAAGUGGCAGCAUUGCUUCUCGAAGAAGACCUCGACGACUGACUGGGCCCUCUUCAUCUAUGGCAGUUGAUUUAUCCCAUCGUUCACUUGUGAAGUUGGGUCCAAGUAUUGGCUAUCUUAGCAGUUUAACCAAAUUAAACCUAUCCAACAAUCAAAUGAUGAGUUUACCUAGAGAAAUAGGUUACCUCAAAAACUUGCGUGUCUUGAACAUAUCCAACAAUGCAAUUGAAGACAUACCGAACACAAUUACUUUUCUUACUAAACUAAAAGCAUUAAAUGUGAGCUAUAAUAAGCUUGUACAACUUCCAAGCUCCAUUGGAAACUUACCAAAAUUGGUUAUCAUCAUUGCAAACGAUAAUAAGCUCACCAGUUUACCUCGCGAAUUUGCUCAUCUCACAAACCUUAUUUCUCUCAAUGUUUCCAACAACCCAUUGAAAUCGUUACCUGCAGAAAUAGCUACAUUAAGCAACCUUCGCAAACUUUUGACCGAAGAUUGUUCUUUUGAGGAAGAAUACAGCUAUUCUCUCAAACACGACCCACCUUCUUUAUUCGAAACAUGUGCACGCAUUGCUGUACGCUCGCAACUCUCUAUCCCUCAUCAACUGUCUGAACACAUCAAAGAUUAUUUAGCUCGUGCCGAUACUUGUUCGUACUGCAAAGGACCCUUUUUUGACAGUUUUGUAUCCCGUGUACGGUUCAUUGAACGAAGAUUUAGGCAGCCUAUGGCAUUAGAAUACACACUUUGCCGUGCCCAUUGGAGUACAGACGAAGACCGACUAUUGUGCAUGUUUUCUGAACAACAACAUACGACACAGGGCACCACAGUCGACAUGGAGGGAUUGAAUGAAGUUGUCCAUCGACAUCGUGCUCAUAGCGAUGCUAGUAAUACCAGUGUGGGUAGCAGUAAUGUAUUCCUCACACCUCCAGCUCCUCCUUUGAUCUCGCAACCUUCUUUUUCUUCAAGAAGAUCCAAUUCGAAUGCUUCGGAGUAUCCACCCACCACAGACUAUUUCCCUAUCUCUUUACUCAAAAGUCAGCCUGAUCUACCUGCACUUCCUUUAGAAAACACGAAUAUGGCCUCAUCCCCAUCUUCGUCCUCGUCAUUACUCACGCCUCCCCCUUUGGCCACCAACAUCAGGGGAAACCGCCCCCGUGCAUCUUCAGCCACUUCAGUAACCAAACGAUUUACAAAUUUCAUUCGAUCCAACAGUAGUUCGUCUCUUACUAGAGAACGAAGUACCAGCGGAUCUUCUUUAUUACGUCCUUAUCAUCAGCCCACUCAAGAGAAAGUGCUACGCGAUUGGACAGAUAGUGUCCAAGUUGCUGCAGCUGCAGCUGUAGACACAGUUCAACAACAACAAGAUCAGAUUGAGGAUCUUGUCAUGAGAAACAUGCAGCGGCCUACGCUUGUUUCAUCUGGAUCAUCCUAA